UGUGUGAGGAUCUCCAAUUGGUCCCAGCAGCAGCCUCACAUCCUUCCUUCUGCUGAUGUCACACACAUGUAGGAACUGAGGCUGCAUCAUCUGCUGCUGCUGCUGCUGGGGGGGGGGAUACAAAGCAGCAGCCAGAGCCUUCCCUGUGCUAAGUGUGCAGUGCUGGGAUCUUAUCUGUCUAUCCCCCGGGAGUGUAUCACUUGGGCUGGGGGCUUCUCUUGCAGGAGCUGGGAAGUGACAGGCAUUCCUCUGCAGUGCUCGCUCCUAUAGCUACAAGGGUUCCUGGCAUGUCCUGAUGGCUGCAGAGCACUGAUCCCUGACCAUUUCCACGCGUGGACUGGAGCCGCGGCUUCUGCAUACAUUGUUUAUAGGAUGCUGCGCUCUGCCUGAGAAUCGGGGGCUCUGAGAUCGCUGUCUGCCUCCGCUCAACCCUCAUGAUCUCAGGAGCACACUCUGCAAGGAUUACCAUCGUCUAGGGGUGCUGUGGUGUCCCUCCGAACUCCUUGUCACACCGCCUAUUCCCUGCACUGGUUCCUUGUCAGCCUCUUAUCAUGUUGCUGAAGGAGUACAGGAUCUGUAUGCCACUGACUGUGGAGGAGUACAGGAUUGGACAACUCUAUAUGAUUAGUAAACACAGUCAUGAGCAAAGCGACCGGGGAGAAGGGGUGGAAGUCGUUCAGAAUGAGCCAUACGAGGACCCAGUACACGGUCCGGGACAGCUCACAGAGAAGAGAGUCUACUUAAACAGUAAACUUCCUAGCUGGGCCCGUGCUGUGGUUCCAAAGAUUUUCUACGUAACAGAAAAAGCAUGGAACUAUUACCCAUAUACAAUUACAGAAUACACAUGUUCGUUUCUCCCUAAAUUCUCCAUACAUAUAGAGACAAAAUAUGAAGACAAUAUGGGUUGCAACGACAGCAUAUUUGAUAUUGAAGCUAAAGACAUGGAGAGAGACGUCUGUUUUAUUGAUAUAGCAUGUGACGAGAUUCCAGAGAGAUAUUAUAAGGAGUCUGAGGAUCCCAAGAACUUCAAGUCAGAGAAAACUGGGCGGGGUCUUCUCAGUGAGGGCUGGAGAGAGACACAGCAGCCAAUCAUGUGCUCCUAUAAGCUGGUAGCUGUGAAGUUUGAGGUGUGGGGGCUGCAGACCCGGGUAGAGCAGUUUGUGCACAAGGUGGUGAGAGAUGUCUUGCUAAUUGGUCAUCGGCAAGCAUUUGCCUGGGUCGAUGAAUGGUAUGACAUGACAAUGGAUGAGGUGCGAGAGUUUGAAAGGACCACUCAGGAAGCCACUAACAAGAAAAUUGGGAUUUUCCCACCUAUCAUUUCAAUUACUGACAUAACGCUGCCUUCUUGUGCUCGCAGUGGACCCUCCAGUGCUCCAUCUACCCCUCUGACAACCGAGGCACCAGAGUUCCUGUCUGUCCCCAAAGACCGGCCUCGAAAGAAGUCUGCUCCGGAAACCUUAACUCUGCCAGAUCGCACCCUUAAUGCACAAAGCAUGUUUUCCUGUAAUAAGCCAUCUCUUCCAAAGCCUGAAUAACUGUUCAGUUUCUGGGUGCAAGAGUCCCCUUUUCCCCUCCAGCAGCAAAGAGGCAUUAAAGCUCAAACGCAUGAUCAUAGCCAGAGAGGACAGUAACGCAUUUCACCGCUAUGUGUGUAAACCCUUUCUGGCCUGGACCUACCUAACCUACUGCUCCUUCUUCAUAUCUAGUCUGGAAACCCCUUAUUACAACAUACAAAUAAUAUCUUCUGUUUCUUGGAUGGUUAGAAUGAUAAUUGGCAUCAACAACAAAAAGGUUAUGAAGUGCGCAAAGUAUUACAGACAGCUGUAUUAAAUCUAUCCAUAUUGCAUCAUUUACUGUACUUGGUGUACAGUGAAAAAGGUUUUGCUUUUAUAUUAGUAAAUGGGUAAUGUUACAGUCUCUGCUGCUUUUCCGUUACAUAGUCAUUAAUGACCUAAAGCUUUAACUUAGUGUAUUUAUAAAACAGGAAUAUUUGAAACCCGGUGUUUGGGCUGAAUUUUGCACAGCAAUGCAUUUUCAUGGGUCAGUCAUUUGAACAAUUGCAGGGAAGCUAUGCUUGCAUGUAAAUAUAAUAAAAAUGGGUUACUUACAUAUCUUCCAUCUAUAGAAGUAGUUUGAGCACCUGUUUGUUGACCGGCACAUAUUGUCUUUUUAUUCUUAACAAUUCUGCUUUGUUGUGAAAUUACUGUGACAUAUUUUCUUAAUGUGCUGAAAAAAGCAUAGAUAAUAACAUUAUGCACAUCAAUGAUUGGAGCAGAAAGUAAUUCAAAUAGCAUCGUCUGCACAACAUUUAAAGCUAAAACAUGCUGUAACGAAAAGUGAAAUUGUUUACUAACACGUUGCUUUAUAUCACUCUCAAUUCUUUCAUUUUAUAUCAUAUCUUAAUACGUGACAUGAAACAUUUUUAAAACCUCUUUGGCUGCUACAUGUGUGCAUUUUGCCCCGAAUAUGAGACAAAUCCUUUUAAGCUUAACACAGGUGGCUCGAAGGUUCUGCAGUAAGUCUAUGCUUGCUCUGUGGGGGUGGGGCUACUGUAUCUGCUAGGGAUGCAUGUUAGAAGUAUUGUAGUGUAAUGGGUAAGCACAUAUUCCACAACAAUGUAGCAUGAAGAACAUGUGCUGGAGUCAGCACAAAAAAGGAAACGUAAGAUACUCUUAGUAUGCAUUUCAAUAAUAAGGUGAUAUUUUUAUUACAUAUAUACGUUACAACAAUCUCUAGUGAAUUGGGUAGCAUGAUCUAGUUUAUUGAUAACAUAAGGCAAAUACAAUUACCAUUUCUUUUUUUUAGCCAACAUUUAAAAAAAAAAACAAUUUCUUCAAAUAUUAGAAAUGGGGACUGUACAGUCCCUAUCGUGCAAAAUUAGAUAUUUUAGAAAAUCCACUUCAGACUGGAUAAGUGGCCUUGGCUAUUUCUAAAAGACAGAAAAUGUGUACCAAAAUAUGAUUUAGAAAAGGUGGUGACUGGCAAGGAAGAUUUAGUUUGCCAGGAAGAAAAUCAUUCGGAAGCUAUAUAAUUUUUUUUCUUUUUCAUUUCAUGUUAGAUGUUUUUAUAAUAUUAUUGUUAAUUAUUUUAUUUUCUGUAAAUUAAAUAUAACAAUGUUGCUUUUAAAGUAAUGUGUUAUUCGUGCGAUGUAGAAAUGUGUUGAUGUACUAAUAUGUAUUGUUGUUAAUUAUGUUCUGUAAUUUGACCUAUCUCUUUUCAUUUGGGUGAAUUAGGCCGUUAGACGAAGACGCAAAACUUAGUUAAGCUUCAGCUGUUGACUCAUAGAUGUCCUAUGUUGUAAUUUUGUAAAGGUAUCGGCUAGAGAUAAGUCACCUGCAUUAGUCAGAUUCAGCAGUAUACUCCCCAUGAAUAACUUCUUGGAUGAAAAAUUAGGUUAGUACAUGUUUCAGAUAGACUAAACCUGCUCAGUUUUUGGGAAAUGACAUCAUCACUUAAUGUAAGGUGGUACAGGAAUUAUUGAGUUAUGUUUUAUUGUAAAAACUGUCUCUGAUGUAGAGUUGGGCUCAUUUUGCUCUGAAAGCAUUGGCACAAAAUACGUCUGAAACAAAGAUUAUUUGCAUGUUGCAGAGCGCAAUGAAUUCCAAGAUACAUCUAGCUCUGCAAGCGUAGCUUAUGCUGGAGUUUAACGCCAGGGGAAAAUAGUAGUAUAUGUAUUUUCGGGCACUAUCACGGUACCCACUCUCUUGGGAGGUUGCUUCUUUAACACCCGUGGCAUGUAAACACUGGACGGGGUGGCUGGGGUCAGCCUAGCAGCUUGGGAAGUACCGACCAUGUUCCCAGCCCUUUUUUUGGCCCGUGCACAAUGUCUUGAGUCGCAACUCCCAAAUGUUGGGAGGUAUGGUAUAUGGAUCAGAUUGAUGCCAGGAGAAAGCGAUAGUAUAUGCGUCUGGUUUACACCAGUGUUAAUAGUAAAUAGUAUACUAACACAAAAUAAAAGUACAAACUAAGUUCAAUUAAAUACAAACAUUUAUUGUCCUCCCCUUUAAGUAUUAAAAUGGGACUCUGCUUUCAUGACGUAAACCGAUUGCCAAUAUCAAUAGACUGCAGCAGCCAGCUAAUAAUAGUAUCAGUGGGAGGGAAGUUUCAGUAUGAGGGAUUUAGAUGCAAUCAGUUAAUCCAAAGCAUUAGCCGAUCAUACAAUAUACAUACGAAAAUACAUCCAUCUUUGAUGUGGUCUGCAUGAAAUACACUUGUGAGAAAGACCUUACUGUACACAGCCAACACUAACAUGCACCCCCGCUCCACUGUUCUAGGAGUAUGGAGCGGCCGGUGCAAAAUAUUACUGAAUCUCCAUAUGUAUGGAUAUGUAAGAUACAUACAACUCUACAUCAAGCCCUUUAGCUCCAAAUCUCAAUACAGCGACUUCGCAGCUCUCACCGGAUUUUUAGGCUGAUUUAUCUGGACUAACAUUUUUUUUUUUUUUUUUCAAUUGUUGAUCUAAAAUUUGGAGCAAACUUUUUAAUGUAAAAGAUUAUAUUUUGGUACACUUCAAUGAGUGUCUUAUAGACUGAAAGAAAAUGUAAUUAUUGAUCCAUAAGGCUGUAACAAGAGUUUUUACUACAAGAGCAUGCUGUAUAACUAGUUUUUUGUUUUUUAAAUAAAAGUACAGAUCUUUUUUCAAAGCAGAAAUAAAAGCUUGUCUGUCCUCGGUGACACUGAGUCACUUUAAUAUAAAUGCACCUUGAUUAAUUAUGCGGUGGUAGGGCUGCCUAAUAUUGACUGUCCUUGUUACUUGAACAAUGAGGUCUGUAGAAAAUAGAUCAAAUUCUGAGUAUGUUGGAGAAAAUGUUACAAGUGUCUACGGUUUGGUCAAGUACCAAUGAAUAUUUAUGCUUAGGGUCAGCAGUAGUAUAGGUAUAAGGUAUGGUUUAGCUGUACUAAGGAUUUACGCUUAGGGUCAGCAGUAGUAUAGGUAUAAGGUAUGGUUCAGCUGUAGUAAGGAUUUACGGUUAGGGUCAGCAGUAGUAUAGUUAUAAGGUAUGGUUCAGCUGUAGUAAGGAUUUACGGUUAGGGUCAGCAGUAGUAUAGGUAUAAGGUAUGGUUCAGCUGUAGUAAGGAUUUACGGUUAGGGUCAGCAGUAGUAUAGGUAUAAGGUAUGGUUCAGCUGUAGUAAGGAUUUACGGUUAGGGUCAGCAGUAGUAUAGUUAUAAGGUAUGGUUCAGCUGUAGUAAGGAUUUACGGUUAGGGUCAGCAGUAGUAUAGGUUUAGGGUAUGGUUUAGCUGCAGUAAAGAUUUACGGUUGGGGUCAGCAGUAGUAUAGGUUGGGGUUAGGAUUAGCAGCUGUAAGAAUUUAGGGUUAUGAUCAGCAUUAUUAUAUGUUUGGGGUUUGGAUUGCAAGCAGUAAGAAUUCAGGGUUAGGAUUAGCAGCAGUAAAAAUGUGAAAUUCUGUUCGUCAUUUGCUAUGUUUGACUCCUACACAAGAUGCAAUCAACGUAUCCGAAAUCCGAAAGACUAUUUGCGUCUAUGGAAUCAGAGGUUUGCUAUGAUCUGAUUGGAUGACAAUCUUUAGCUGAUACACAAUAAGGCCCUUUUUCCUUUAUAAUUACCAUUUAUACACUCCAUGCAUUACGCUCCUGAGCUGUCAGGGUGCCUUUACAUGUACAUAUCCAGGAAGAGCAGGCAUGACUCAGUUGCAUUUGGUGUAUUCUUGAUGUAUUUGUUGAUACUGAGCUCAGGGAGAAUAUUUCUGCUAAAUGUGAGGGACAUACAUUUUAUUCACCAACUGAACUGUGGUGGGAUAUAUUUUUUAGGCUCACUAUACUCGUAUAUACUCAGCAUGUGUGCAUGGAUUUUAUUGUAGAUGAAAUUAAGUUAUGUUUUCCUCAGUGGUUAUCAGACUAUCUAGAACAUAAUAGGAAAACAUUCUGAGAGAAUUUUCACUGAGGUGAUUUAAUUGGAAAUGAAUGCUGCUAUCCCACAUGCCAGGACCAAUAGUAAAUAAAAUAUAUGUACCACAGGAAUAUUUCUGUGUUCUUCUUUAAAUGCAUAACAUUUAUUUAAUGACAUGGUAUUAAUAGCAAUAACUGUACUGUGAAAUGUAGCAACCAAUCUAAGUCCACUAAACCAUAAUUUAGCAAUUUGUUGUGUAUGUGCCACUUGGGGUUUACACCCUGUUAACAGUAAGCUGUAUAGAAUAUUGGUGGCCUAAAUGGAUAUUUACGAGAAAGCAGCCAAUCAAUUCACUAUGAGGCAGUGACAUCACAGAGGCACAAAUGGCUGUGUGUGCUACAGGCUGCAUGUUUAGGGGGAAUCUAAUCAGGUGCGAGCAGCUCACACCCGCGAGUGUGGCUGUAUGCUGGACUUAUAGUACCCCUGAACUAGAUAGAGGUGAAUUUAAGCUGGCACAGUAAACCUUUGCAAACAUAAAAAAGAGUUGAGGCCCUACACUAAAAUGAUAAUAGUGACUAUCUGAUUGGUUUCUGUAGGUUAAUGUUCACACCAUGUCAUUAAAUAAGCCUUUCAAAUGCAUGUUUAAUAAUUCCAUAUGUAAUUGUUAUAGAGGAACUAUAUCUUGGAAAUUAACAUGUAAUGAGGUGCAGUUUUUAUGCAUUUUACAGCCAUUUGGUCAAGACUGCACCUCAGCUGGAGGGAUUUCUUACAGGAUGAAGUGCUGAUGUAAGUACUUCUUUUGCUGGUCAAAGGAGUUUACUAGACUGAUGCACACAAUUUGAUAUGAGCUGUUAACCUGUUGAUAAAGCAAGCAACAUUAGCUGAGGUCCGUAGUGAAAACAUGGCACAUAUCAUUGCUUACAAUGAUAAUUUGGCAGUGAAAUAACAAAACCUGAUUUAAUUUUGUAUCUUUCAAUGAGGAGUGUUUCUAUGGAUCGCUCUCUCUCUCCAGCUUUAAAUUGAUUUUAUUUGGACUCCUAUUUAACUGAAGGAUUUUGGACUGCUCUUUCUUUUAUGUUUGUAUGUACAGUUAGGUGCAUAUGUAAAUGAUGUACUUUGUAUUCUUGCCCGGACUUACCCAUGUUACUUUAUUACUGUUUACAAUAAAAACGACAUGUGGCGUGCAUAAAUAAACAUUUUUCCACUUUC